GUCACCAGCUGCUGCCUUUGUUUUCUUUCUUUUCUCUCCCCCCCCGCCCCCGCCCCCGAGCUGGGAUGGAUUCCUAGGACAAAAGACAGGGCACCCAAGGGAGAGCCGCUCCGCAUAAAGCAAAGAGGAAUCAAGGGCGCGGGGGCCCCGAGAGCGGCGGCGGCGACAGCAUGGAGUUGAAGCGGUCCAUCUCGGCCGGCGGGGACGCCGAGAAGCCGCCGAGGCGCUACGGGGCGGUGGGAGAGACCGCCUGGGCCCCGGAGGGCCUGGGAAGAAACCAGCUUGACAUCAUUUCAAUGGCUGAAACAACCAUGAUGCCUGAGGAGAUUGAACUAGAGAUGGCCAAGAUCCAAAGACUUCGGGAAGUCUUAGUCAGAAGAGAAUCAGAACUAAGGUUUAUGAUGGAUGACAUUCAGUUGUGCAAGGACAUCAUGAACCUCAAGAAAGAGCUACAGAAUUUAGUAGCAAUCCCAGAGAAAGAUAAGACCAAGAUACAGAAACAAAGAGAAGAUGAAUUGAUCCAGAGGAUCCACAAACUGGUGCAAAAACGAGACUUUCUCGUUGAUGAUGCAGAAGUGGAGAGAUUAAGAGAGAGGGAGGAAGACAAGGAGAUGGCUGAUUUCCUCAGGAUCAAAUUAAAACCAUUGGAUAAUGUUGUAAGAUCACCAACCAGUACACCUGCAGAGAAGAAGGCAGAACCUCCACCACUUCCUCCAAACAAGCCCACCAUUGCCAAGACCGGAAUUGCUCUCCUUAAAGAUUGCUGUGGGACCAGCCAGUGUGCCAUCAUGUAGCUCCCACCGCUUGGGCACACCUUCUUUUCAACAUGCUUAACCAAGAGACAAAAAACUGUAGUGUGGGGGGAGAGAAGGACGCAAAGCAUCCUGAUAUCUUGAUAGUGGAGUUUUCUGUACUGUUUCUUACAGUAACUGUUGUAGUGCUGAAUGUUCCACUUGGUGACUCCUUCACUGUUGCAUGGAUUACUCAGCGAGCAUGCCUAGGUUAAGACAAGGAGUAUAUCUAAAUAUAUAACAGAGAACAAAGGAGACUUGUCAAGAAAAGGGGGGAACAACCCUAUACAUAUACAAGAGAAAUGGCUCACCAAGUAACAGUCAGAUUUGAUUUUUUUAAUCCUUACGUAAGAUACGCAUAUCAAGACGACAAUGUCCCCCUACCCUUAUGUUGGCUGAGAACUAAAAGAAUCAUACCAAGUAACCUGUAGAAUAGCAGUUUUAAUAGUCUGUGUGUAUAGGAUGCAUUUGACACUUUUCCCCCUCAGUAGGCAACAUUCAAUCUGUGGACAGAAAAAUGUGGCAUGGUGGUUACCUUUUGCAACAACAGAUGCAUUAAUAAAUAUUGUAAAUAGAACAAUGCAGCUAAUAGUGUAGUUUGAAGCUGCCAAGAAAGUUAUCUAUCAUUAUUGUGAUUUUUCAGUCACUGGCUGUAAAUCUACAGGACUUUGGCACACAGAGAACAAAGGACAAAUUCUUUCCUGUGGCUGUUCUUUUUUUAAAAAAAACAUUUUAGUGGUUUAUUUGUAAACUAGUCUCUUGGUCAAUUCUUAGCACUGGUUGCUUAGUACAGUGAUAAGCAAUUAUGGUCUGGUGGCAAUUGGCUCACCCCUGAAGAAUCUCUUGAUCACUAUGGGAAAGUACCCUACGGCUUCCACAAUCCACUGGCAGAAUCAACUGUCCCCUGAUAAUGCUAGCUGUAUGGGUUUGAACGUUAUGGUCCGGAAAAAAAAGGUUUCCAAUCUCUUCUAUCACUGGUGCACCUUGUCCAGUCCAUCAAGGUAUUUAUGUCACUCCUCUUCGACUGUAGAUUUGUUAUGAUAUUAAGUGAUGAAGGGUGUACAUACUUUAUAAAUAAAAAAUUAAGAAUGAACAACCAUGUAUAAUAUAAUAAUAAUAAUAAAAGAUACAAGACUAUACUUAGACCACUGUUGCAUCCAUACCUAAAUCUAUCCAAUGUUCAGCAUCAAUUAUUUCAUAACAGCAUAAAAAGAGAUGCAAUGGUCUUUCCAACGAA